AUGGCAAACUUGAUGAAUGAUGCUGGAAAAUACACCUUGAGUUGGGAAAACAGCAGCGGUGCCAAGUCUGCAUUUGAAUCAGUGAAAGUAUUGGACACACCGGGGGCACCCCUGAACCUUGCAGUGAAAGAUAUCAAGAAAGACGCUGUUGUAUGGGAGCCACCACUGUUUGAUGGUGGUGCAAAGAUCAAGAAUGAUAUAGUUGAUAAGCGUGAAUCACCCAGAAAAGCUUACUCUAAUCGUACUACUAAGUGCACCACAACAAGCUUCAGGGUGGGAAAUCUCACUGAAGGGGCUAUCUAUUAUUUCAGAGUUAUGGCUGACAAUGCAUGUGGAGUUGGCCUUCCUGUUGAAACAAUAGAUGCUGUGAAGACAUCUGAGGUUCCUCUGUCAGUAGGAAAGGUAACUUUGACUGAUGUGACUAAAUCCACUGCCACGCUGGCAUGGGAAAAACCAGAUCAUGAUGGUGGAAGCAGGAUUAUGGGUUACCUCAUUGAAAUGCAGCCCAAAGGAACAGAUACAUGGGUUGUAGCAACAACAACAAAGACAUGUGAAGGUACUGUAAGUGGACUAAGUGCUGGACAAGAAUAUCUUUUCCGCAUUGUAGCUUUCAAUGAGAAAGGCAACAGUGACCCAAGGCCAUUAGCUGCCCCUGUUAUUGCCAAAGAUGUGACAAUUCAGCCCAGCUUCAAAAUGACCUUCAGCACCUAUAGUAUCAAAUCUGGUGAAGAUCUAAAAAUAGAAAUUCCAGUAAUUGGCUGUCCAAAAGUUACUUGGAAUAAAGAUGGACAAGCAUUGAAAGAGACAACACGAGUGAAUGUUUCGAGUACAGCAUCCUCAACAGUUCUUCGUAUUAAAGAAGCUACCAGAGAUGACUCUGGCAAGUACACAGUAACUGCUACAAACAGCGCUGGUUCAGUAACAGAAGAAAUUGGAAUUAUAAUCCUUGAAAAGCCAGGUCCACCAACUGGCCCUGUGAAAAUUGAUGAAGUAAGUGCUAACUUUGUCACCAUCUCAUGGGAACCACCAGUAUACACAGGGGGUUGUCAGAUAAAUAAUUAUAUUGUUGAAAAACGUGACACAACUACCACAAACUGGCAGAUCGUGUCUGCAACCAUUGCAAGAACAACUAUCAAAAUUACCAAACUGAAAACAGGAUCUGAAUAUAAGUUCAGAGUCUUUGCUGAAAACAGAUAUGGAGUGAGUACCUCUUUGGACUCUGCACCUGUUCUUGUGCAGUAUCCUUUCCAAGAACCUGGACCACCUGGGACACCAGUUGCCACAUCAGUAACAAAAGGCCACAUGGUUAUUGAGUGGAAACCACCAAUUAACAAUGGUGGGAGUCCAGUUACUGGUUACCAUCUUGAACGGAAAGAAAAGAACAGCAUUCUGUGGACCAAGCUGAACAGGCGUAUUAUUCCUGACACUCGAUUUAAGUCAAAUAAUCUUGAGGAAGGCAUUAAAUAUGAAUACAGAGUCUAUGCCGAAAACAUUGUUGGCAUUGGUGUAUCAAGCAAGGUUUCAGAGUGCAUUGUAGCUCGUGAUCCAUGUGAUGCACCUGGUGCCCCUGAGGCUAUUGUUAUCACCAGAAACCACAUCACACUUCAGUGGACCAAACCACAAUAUGAUGGUGGCAGUACAAUCACUGGGUAUAUUGUGGAAACAAAGAAGCUACCUGAUAACCAAUGGAUGAAGGCCAGCUUUACUAAUAUAAUGGAGACUGAAUUUACAGUCACAGGCUUAACACAAGGCCAAAGGUAUGAGUUCAGAGUAAUUGCAAGGAAUGCAGCCGGUAUUUUCAGUGAGCCCUCUGAAAGCACUGGACCAAUUACUGCAAGAGAUGAAAUUGAACCCCCCACUGCCUCAAUGGAUUCAAAGUACAAGGAUAUUGUUGUUGUUAAUGCUGGGGAAACCUUUGUCAUUGAUGCUGACAUCUCUGGAAAACCAGUGCCUGAUGUCGUAUGGUUAAAGGAUGGAAAAGAAAUUGAUAAGGCUACUCCAAGGAUGGAAGUCAAAACCACCCUCCAACGCACAGUGCUUACAGUUAAGGACUGCAUCCGAGUAGAUGGUGGGCACUAUACCCUGAGUCUCAGCAAUGUAGGUGGAACAAAAACCGUACCAAUCACUGUGAAGGUUCUUGAUAGACCUGGUCCACCUGAUGGUCCACUCAAAGUGACCGGUGUCACUGCUGAGAAGUGUUAUCUGGCCUGGGGCCAUCCUUCACAUGAUGGUGGUGCUAGUAUUUCUCACUAUAUAAUUGAAAAGAGAGAAACCAGUCGAUUGUCUUGGACUGUUGUUGAACCCAAAAUUCAAGAUGUUAGCUACAAAGUGACCAAACUCCUAUCUGGCAACGAGUACAUUUUCAGAGUCAUGGCAGUGAACAAAUAUGGCAUAGGUGAGCCACUUGAAUCCGAACCGGUGAUAGCACGCAAUCCAUUCAAACCACCAGGUGCUCCUUCAGUGCCAGAAGCAAGUGCCAUAACAAGGGAUUCUAUGGUUCUAACAUGGGACCGGCCAGAAGAUAAUGGUGGGUCAGAAAUUGAUAGCUACAUCCUUGAGAAACGUGACAAAGAAGGCAUUAGAUGGACUAAAUGCAACAAGAAGAGAUUGAAUGAUUUGCGAUUUAGAGUGACUGGGCUCACAGAGGGACAUUUUUAUGAGUUCCGUGUCUCUGCUGAAAAUGCUGCUGGUGUGGGACAACCAAGUGCUGCUUCAGAAUUUUAUAAAGCUUGUGAUGCCACGUAUCCCCCUGGUCCACCAAACAAUCCUAAAGUGACUGACCACUCAAGCACAACUGUAUCAUUAGCCUGGAGUAAGCCCAUUUAUGAUGGUGGUGCAGAAAUAAAGGGAUACGUUGUUGAGAUGAAGGAAGCUUCUGAAGAUGAAUGGACUACAUGCACACCCCCAACUGGUGUCCAGGAAACACACUAUACUGUGAAAAGACUAAAGGAAAAUGCAGAAUAUAACUUCCGCAUCUGUGCUAUCAAUGUGGAAGGUGUAGGAGAGCAUGCUGACAUAACUGGCUCUGUGAUUGCAGCUGAAAAACUUGAAGCACCAGAAAUUGAACUCGAUGCAGAUCUUAGGAAAGUUGUCUCUGUGCGUGCAAGUGGAACACUUCGCCUCUUUGUCACAAUCAGAGGAAGACCGGAACCUGAAGUAAAAUGGACAAAAGCAGAUGGUCCUUUGGCUGAGCGUGCACAAAUUGAAGCCACAAGUUCAUCCACUAUGCUCGUCAUUGACAAUGUCACUAGAUUUGACAGUGGAAAAUAUGUUUUGACUCUUAAAAAUAUCAGUGGAACAAAAUCAGCUUUUGUCAAUGUUAGAGUGCUGGACUCACCAAGUGCCCCUAUUAACUUUCAAGUAAAGGAUGUAAAGAGAGAUUCAGUAAUACUUUCUUGGGAACCUCCUCUCAUUGAUGGUGGAGCCAAAAUAACCCACUACAUUGUGGAGAAACGAGAAUCUGCAAGAAUGGCAUAUACCACUGUAACAAAUAACUGCAUAAGGAAUUCAUUCAGGGUUGAUGAGUUACAGGAGGGAGGUAUUUACUACUUCCGUGUUUUAGCUGUAAAUGAACAUGGUGUUGGUUUACCAGCAGAAACUACAGAACCAACAAAGGUUUCUCAGGCUCCUUUGUCACCUGGCAAAGUUACACUUGUAGAUGUGACUCGUAAGACUGUAACCCUCUCUUGGGAGAAGCCUGAUCAUGAUGGUGGCAGCAAGAUCACAGGCUACACAGUAGAGAUGCAAACUAAAGGAAGUGACAAGUGGACUGUGUGUACAACAGUAAAAGCACUUGAAGCCACUAUUGAUGGCCUCACACCAGGUGAAGAAUACUCCUUCAGAAUCGUUGCUGUGAAUGACAAAGGCAAAAGUGACCCCAAACCACUUGGUACACCUGUGAUUGUGAAGGACAUUCAAAUUCAACCUACUAUUGAUUUGCUGUUUAACACAUACAGUGUUAAAGCUCGAGAUGAUCUCAAAAUUGAUGUUCCAUUUAGGGGCAGACCUGAACCUGAGGUUUCAUGGAAGAAAGGUGGUCAUUCUUUAAAGCAGACAACAAGAGUAAAUGUUCUGACAACCAAAACUUCAUCCAAAAUGACCAUCAAAGAUGCUACUAGAGAAGAUGCUGGAAAAUAUGAAAUCACACUAACAAAUGCAUUAGGCACCAAGACAGCUGAAAUUUCUGUUAUUGUCCUUGACAAACCAGGCCCGCCAGGUGCAAUCAAAAUAGAUGAAGUAAGUGCUGAUAGUGUAGCAUUAUCAUGGGAUCCACCAGAGUAUGAUGGAGGAUGCCAAAUCAACAAUUAUAUUGUUGAGAAGAGAGAUACUACCACCACAAAUUGGCAAAUUGUUUCAGCCACAGUUGCAAGGACAUCAAUUAAAGUUUCCCGCUUGACACAAGGUUCAGAAUAUCAAUUCAGAAUUUCAGCUGAAAACCGUUAUGGCAAGAGCCAUUCUGUAGAUUCUCCAUUAGUUGUUGCACAGUAUCCAUUCAUGCCACCAGGCCCACCUACUAAAGUUCAUGUUGCCACCGCAACCAAAACAUACAUGCUCGUCAAAUGGAACAUACCUGGUAGUGAUGGAGGCAGUGCAGUUCUUGGAUAUCACCUAGAAUGUAAAGAACCCAGCAGCAUUCUUUGGACAAAAGUUAACAGAGGCCUCAUUACUGAUACACAGUUCAAAAUGACUGGAAUUGAAGAGGGCUUGCUCUAUGAGUACCGUGUCUAUGCAGAAAACAUUGCUGGCAUCGGGAAAUGUAGCAAAGCCAGUGAGCCUGUAGCUGCAAGAGAUCCAUGUGAUCCUCCAGGUCAACCCACAGUCACAAACAUCACUAGAACAUCUGUUUCUCUGUCUUGGACCAAGCCAGAGUAUGAUGGUGGAGCUAUGGUGACAGGUUACAUAAUUGAACGCAGGGAACUUCCAGAUGGUUGUUGGCUGAAGUGUAAUUUCACGAAUGUCCAAGAAACAUACUUUGAUAUCACAGGCCUUACAGAAGAUCAGCGUUAUGAUUUCCAUGUCAUUGCCAAGAAUGCUGCUGGAUUACUUAGCGAACCAUCUGAAGGCACAGGACCUGUCACAGUAAAAGGUGAUGUUGAUACACCAUGUAUCACAAUGGAUGACAAGUACAGACAAUUAGUAGUAGUGAAAGCUGGAGAUGUGUUGAAAAUCACUGCAGAUAUUGCUGGGCGACCUCGUCCAGUUGUUUCAUGGGCAAAGGAUGGUAAGGAAAUAGAGGCUAAAGCUAGAGUUGAGAUCUGCUCAACAGACACCAGUACCACAAUCACUGUUAAAGACAGCAUCAGAAAAGACUCUGGACAGUAUGUUUUGACUUUACAGAAUGUAGCUGGAACAAGAUCAUUGGCGGUAAACUGUAAGGUCCUUGACAUGCCAGGACCAUCAGCUGGACCACUGGAGGUAACUGGCCUUACAGCAGAAAAAUGUGCAUUGACUUGGGGACCUCCUCAAGAAAAUGGUGGCGCAGAAAUCUCCCACUAUAUUGUUGAGAAACGUGAAACAAGCCGUCUUGCCUGGACACGGGUAUACGGAGACAUGAAAGCUACAACAUGCAAAGUUACUAAACUCCUCAAAGGGAAUGAGUAUAUAUUUAGAGUUUUGGCUGUAAAUAAAUAUGGAGUUGGUGAAGCUCUUGAGAGUGAUCCUGUCAAAGCCGUGGAUCCAUUCACCGUCCCAGGUGCACCCACAAAUGUUGAAGUUACCAGUGUAACGAGUGAAGCAAUGACAAUCUGCUGGGAAAGGCCUGUCUCUGAUGGAGGUAGUGAGAUUUGUGGUUACGUCAUUGAAAAACGUGAGAAGACAGGUCUCCGCUGGGUUCGUGUGAACAAAAAGCCUGUGUAUGACCUCAGGGUUAAAGCAUCCAAUCUCCGUGAAGGAUGUGAGUACGAGUACCGUGUUUAUGCAGAAAAUGCUGCUGGUUUGAGUCGUCCAAGUGAACCUUGCCCUCUAACUAAAGCUGAGGACCCACAAUUCCUACCAUCGCCACCUGCUAAACCAAAGAUUAUUGAUUCAACAAAGAGCACGAUCACUCUCAGCUGGAACAAACCAUUGUUUGAUGGUGGAGCCCCUGUCACUGGAUACUGUGUGGAGUACAGGAAAAGUAAUGAUGAUGACUGGGUGGUGGCUGUUCAGAACACAAAGAACACUGAGUUCACAGUUGUUGGACUUACAUCCGGAGCAGAAUAUGUGUUUGUAGUUAAAUCAGUCAACAAGAUUGGUCCUAGUGACCCAAGCCCUGAAUCUGACCCACAGAUUGCAAAGGAACGAGAAGAAAAGCCAGUUUUUGAGAUAAGCAAUGAAAUGCGCAAGACACUUAUUAUCAAGGAUGGUAGCUCAUUUAACCUGACUGUACCAUUCAGGGGAAAACCAGUGCCAAAUGUGAUGUGGAAUAAAGCUGAUGUAGAUCUUCGAGUAAGAGCAAGCAUUGACACAACUGAUACUUCCACAUCAAUAACAGUGGAACAAGCAACAAGAGAUGACUCUGGAAAGUACACUGUGACAUUACAGAAUGUUGCAGGAACAUCAGCUCUGACACUAGUAGUUAAGGUCCUUGAUUCUCCUGGGCCACCUGCUCAUGUUGACGUUAAGGAUGUCACCAAGAACUCUGCAACAGUGACAUGGGAUACACCAGAAAAUGAAGGGGGUGCCCCUGUGAAGAACUACCUUGUUGAUCUACGUGAAGCUAGCAAAAAGGGAUGGACAAGAAUCACAAGCAACUGCCACCGUUUGACCUACAAAAUGACUGAUCUACAAGAGGGAGGAGUUUACUACUUCAGAGUUACUGGUGAAAAUGAAUAUGGAAUUGGUGUGCCAGCAGAGACUAAGGAAGGAACUAAGAUCACAGAAAAACCAAGUCCACCUGCAAAGCUUGGAGUAACUGAUGUCACAAAGGACAGUGUCUCACUGGCAUGGAGUAAACCAGAGCAUGAUGGAGGUAGCAGAGUCAAAAGCUACCUGAUUGAGGCUCUUGAAAAGGGCCAACAGAAGUGGGUGAAGUGUGGCACAGUCAAAACCACCCAUUUUGUUGUUAGUGGCCUGAGGGAAAAUGGUGAAUACUUCUUCAGAGUCUGUGCUGAAAACUAUGCUGGUCUCAGUGAUCCCAAAGAAAUGGUUCUUCCUGUGGUUGUUAGACCGACUUGGUAAGUUAAUGUUUAUAAUCAAUGUGUAUUACUGUUAUUAUUGUUGUUGUUCCUAUUGUGUUGGCGGCAUCCACCAGAUAUUAAUCAUUUGCUUUUCAAUUUACAGAAUCCUUGAGAUUUACAUGAAGAGUUUGGGGAUUAGAGAUUCCUAAUCCAGUUCAAGAUGUGGACAGACUUACAUCACCAUAAAUUGACAUUCAUGCAAGCUUUAAACAAACACACAUUGUGAAAAAUGGAGGCACUGUCUGUCUUCAUAUUGCCUUCCAGGGAAAAACGGCUCAUCUUGCUACCUGGACUAAAGCAGAUGGAGAAUUGAGUGUAAUGGUCGAUAUUAAUACUACAAAAACAUUCAAUACCCUAACCAUUGAGAACAUUACAUUACAUUACAUCAUUCAGCAGAUGCUCUUACUCAGAGCGACUUACAAAUGAGUGCAUCACUUUGCUAAGAGUAGACAUCGUAAGGUAUUACAAGAGGUCAGUAAGAUACAAAGUUAAGUGCUAGGCUUGUGUGGAGAUUUUUUUUUGUGAAAAUGGUAAUCGAUAGGAUAUAUAGACAUAGAUGGGGGAAGGUAGAUUAUAUUAAUACUACAGAAACAUUCGGUACCCUAACCAUUGAGAACUGUACCAGAUA